UAAACGCUUGGCUACUAACCGAAAGGUUAACUGUUCGAACCCACCAGCCGCCCUGCGGGAGAAAGAUGUAGCAGUCUACUUCUGUAAAGGUUUAUAGCCUCAGAAACCCUAUGGGGCAGUCUUCCUGUGUCCUUUAGGCUUUCUAGGAGUCAGAACCGACUUGGCAACAGGGUUUAUCUUUAUAUAAACAAGAUAUAUUUUCUUUCAUAUCAUGACUUCUACAUUCCAUAAUUAGUAUGGUAUUCUAUUACAAUCAACAGCUUACAUUAUGAUUCCAGUUAUAUAUAUUUUUUUCUCAUCAGGCUUGUUUUCCAAAUUUUACAGUGAUGUGGUUCUUCAUUCCGAUUGUGCUGUGCUCAGCUGAUAACAUUGUUCCCAUGGGGUUACAUCUGGUUUUUUUUACCAUUUCAACACGUAAAACUGUAGACUAUCUUUAGUGAUCGUAUUUGUAGGUGUAUGGGUUUUUUCUUUAGCCUUGACUUUCUACUUUCUAUUUCUGGGUUUUUUUGUUUUGUUUUUUUUCUGGUCUUGAUAAUUCCUUUUCAUCUUUUGCCUUUAUUUUCCUUUUUUUUUUGCCAGCUCAAAUUCUUUGUAGAAUGAGUAGGGUGUGAAUAAAUUGAAUAAUUUGAUAAUUUAAUGCUACAAAUUCUUUGUAGAAUGAGUAGGGUGUGAAUAAAUUGAAUAAUUUGAUAAUUUAAUGCUAACUGGUUUUUCCACUGAAGAAGGAAGAUAAUUUAGAAUGUCUUAGAAGAUUAGUAGUUUCUCUGCAUUUAUUAUUUUCAAUUAGGAGGGAGGUAUUAUUAUUUUAAAAGUUAUUUAAAAACCAUUAUUAAAGUCCACAAGUCAAAGUCUUCCAGUGCCCAGCUUUUAGAAGAAAAAUAUAUAUCCUGCUAUUUUAAGUAGAAUAUAAAAACGUGUAACUUUGCUUGGAAAGGGGAUCUUGCUUAUGAGUGUUCAGACGAGCUCACCUCAUAUACUUGACCUUUGCAUCAAUUCAGAGAGCCAAGUAGCUUGCCAGACCAGUAUUAGAGGACUGGCUCAUUUUUAUGAUUCACUUUUUGAUUAAUUCAAUAAACAUUUCCUUGGGGUAGCCUUUAUUAGCAUAUCUUCUAAUGCUUCAUGUAUUUUAAAGCCUUUCAUUUCACUUAAAUGUCUUGUUUCUUAGCUGUUUCCUUAGUGAUUAAAAGCUCCAGUUGUUCCUUUCAAUCUAUAACAGCUGCAAGAACAACUCUUCUUUCCAAACUAGCUCUCCUAAAUUCCCGUUGUUAAGAGUUGGUAUCUAUAUUUAGCCAGUGGGAUUAAAUUGCAAAGGCUUGAAGCUGGGCGAAGCACACUGAUCUGCCUUUUUACAGCUAGACCUGUGUGCUGCAAGGAGCUAAGGCCUUCAGUGUCCCCUUCCUUACCCAGGUUACUCACAAAAUGGAUUCCCAGCGGGAACUCGCAGAGGAACUGCGGCUUUACCAGUCCACCCUUCUUCAGGAUGGUCUAAAAGAUCUCCUGGAUGAGAAGAAAUUCAUCGAUUGCACCCUAAAAGCAGGUGACAAAAGUCUUCCUUGCCACAGAUUGAUUUUGUCAGCUUGUAGUCCUUACUUCCGUGAGUAUUUUUUAUCUGAAAUUGACGAGGAGAAGAAAAAGGAGGUAGUACUAGAUAAUGUGGAUCCUGCAGUACUCGAUCUAAUCAUCAGAUACCUGUACUCUGCCAGUAUUGAUCUCAACGAUGGAAACGUGCAAGAUAUUUUUGCAUUGGCCAGCCGUUUUCAGAUUCCGUCAGUGUUUACUGUCUGCGUUUCUUAUCUUCAGAAAAGACUUGCUCCUGGUAACUGUUUAGCCAUCCUAAGAUUAGGACUUCUUCUUGACUGCCCAAGAUUGGCCAUCUCUGCCCGUGAAUUUGUGUCUGAUCGCUUCCUACAGAUUUGUAAGGAAGAGGACUUCAUGCAGCUUUCUCCACAGGAACUGAUCUCAGUUAUUUCAAAUGACAGCCUAAAUGUAGAAAAGGAAGAAGAAGUAUUUGAGGCUGUGAUGAAAUGGGUGCGAACAGACAAAGAAAACAAGGUUAAAAACCUUAGUGAAGUGUUUGAUUGCAUCCGUUUUCGCCUUAUGUCAGAAAAAUAUUUUAAAGAUCACGUUGAGAAAGAUGAUAUAAUUAAAAGCAACCCUGAACUCCAGAAAAAAAUCAAAGUUCUGAAAGAUGCCUUUGCAGGCAAACUCCCAGAACCCAGCAAAAAUGCAGAGAAGAGUGGGGCUGGUGAGGUGAAUGGUGAUGUUGGUGAUGAAGAUCUACUUCCUGGUUACCUGAAUGACAUUCCCAGACAUGGAAUGUUUGUCAAAGACCUCAUCCUUUUAAUUAAUGACACAGCUGCAGUGGCUUACGAUCCCACAGAAAAUGAAUGCUACCUUACUGCACUUGCUGAGCAGAUUCCCAGAAACCAUUCCAGCAUUGUUACCCAGCAAAAUCAGGUCUAUGUGGUAGGAGGGCUAUAUGUGGAUGAAGAAAAUAAGGAUCAAUCUCUACAAUCUUACUUCUUCCAGCUUGAUAACAUAGCAUCUGAGUGGGUUGGACUUCCUCCUCUGCCUUCAGCCAGGUGCCUCUUCGGUCUGGGAGAGGUAGAUGACAAAAUCUAUGUAGUUGCAGGCAAAGACCUUCAAACAGAGGCUUCGCUGGAUUCAGUAUUAUGCUAUGAUCCUGUGGCUGUAAAAUGGAAUGAAGUAAAAAAACUUCCUAUCAAAGUCUAUGGCCAUAAUGUGAUUUCACAUAAUGGGAUGAUAUACUGUCUAGGAGGAAAGACAGAUGACAAAAAGUGCACAAACAGGGUGUUUAUCUACAACCCUAAAAAAGGUGACUGGAAAGAUCUGGCUCCGAUGAAGACCCCUCGUUCCAUGUUUGGAGUGGCAAUCCAUAAAGGCAAAAUUGUGAUUGCAGGAGGUGUCACUGAAGAUGGUCUUUCAGCUUCAGUUGAAGCUUUUGACCUCACAACCAAUAAGUGGGGAGUAAUGCCUGAAUUUCCUCAAGAAAGAAGUUCCAUUAGUUUAGUCAGUCUGGCUGGAUCCCUGUAUGCCAUCGGUGGUUUUGCUAUGAUUCAACUGGAGUCAAAAGAGUUUGCACCCACUGAAGUCAAUGACAUAUGGAAGUAUGAAGAUGAUAAAAAAGAAUGGGCUGGGAUGUUGAAGGAAAUCCGUUAUGCUUCAGGAGCUAGUUGCCUAGCAACACGUUUAAAUCUCUUCAAACUAUCUAAACUGUAGACAAGAAGGUGACAAAACACAAUAGAUUGGGCGGUGGUUUGUUUGGAAAAUAGGGCUUUAAUUUAUUCUGUUUUCUUAAAAGCCUGUACAGAGUUUCAUUUAGAAAUCUAUUAUUCACUGAGUUAUUGUCUAAGAGGUUAGCAAUGGAUAUCAAUGAAUCUUUAAUGUGAUGCUCAGAGUCUAAAAAGGUUUAUAAUAAGAAAAUAUUAAGUUGAACAAAAUUAUUUCUUUUGUUAGUAUGUCUCAAUCAAUUACAAAGGCGGUACUAAAUUUGUUUACUAAUUAUUUCAUUUACAUUGUUAGGGUGCCUUUACACUCAUUUUCUAUUACAAGUGAAAUUGGAGAAUGAAAUAUGUACAUCUGCAUCUAAAAAAAUAUUGAAAAUACCAAAAACCUUCUCUAUUGCUUCAAGAUAUGACAAGAAUACUAUGCAUUAUAGUAAAGAAGAUUACAUGCCAUGAGGAGACUUUGCAAAUGCUAUUUAAGGAGUGUAAUAAAUAGGUCUUAUUUGAAGAAGAAAAGUCUCUAAGUAAAAUAGUCAAAUUCAAGUGGUCUUUUUUUCUCCAUUCUUUCUGCGACACUGGUGUAUUCUGUUUGUGAUUUCCAAAUCAAAUUUAAAACCAGUAGAUCCGUCUUCAAGCCAUGAGCUACAGUAUCUGUGGAAAUGGAUUAAUUCUUUAAACGGCUAGAGUGGGAGUCACAGGCAAGGGGUGGCGAGGAAGUGGGAGUGUAUUCCUCGGUUUAGGUUUUAGCUAUAUUUUCCACACAAGGGCUAUCUGUUUGCAAAUUUCAAAUAGCAAGAAGGGUCAAAGGAAGGUGUUAUUCCUUUCGCUGUUUUGUGAGGCCCUAUGUGGAAACCCUGGUGGUGUAGUGGUUAAGUGCUACGGCUGCUAACCAAAAGGUCGGCAGUUCAAAUCCACCAGGCGCUCCUUGGAAAGUCUAUGGGGCAGUUCUCCUCUGUCCUGUAGGGUCGCUAUGAGUUGGAAUCGACUCAACGACAGUGGGUUUGGUGGUGUUUUUUUUUUUGGGUUAUAUUCCAGCUGUUUGUUCUUACUGUAUAUAGUAAGCUGACUCCUCAGAGUGUCCAUGCCAUCGUACUCAGCUACAUGCAAGCCAUCAACUAAUCACUUAUCUUAGCCACAUGCCAAUUUGUCAGUCUCAUUUAGCUUUCAUAGGCAUAUGCUUCACUCUGUCCUUGCACGGGGUGUUUUCUGAGAAGCCUGACAUGACUAAUUUGGAGCAUUCCACAAUUGUUUAUCAAGCAGUUAUAUAAAAACAGGGAAGUCUUCAUAGAGCUUUAUUUUCUGUGUCAUAAAUAUUGAAAUAUAUUCAACAAAAAUCUGUUUUACCUUGGAUCCCUGAAGUACAACCCUGAUUACUUUCUAUACAAACAAAUAUUGCUCUGAACUGUACUGUGAGUACAAGAUCAACAAAUCCUGAUGGUGGGAAACUCUACAGGUUCUUCAACAGAUAAACUGUAAGGAAAUGAAAGGGAUGGAGGGGAAACCUAUAGAUUAAGAAGAAUUUAAGAGCAAAAGAGGGGAGAGUUAUGGGGGAAUUAUGCAUACCUGGGCGGUAAGAUUUUUGGAGGAAAGAAUGCUGACUUAUAUAGAUGUCGGAUCAGAUUGAAAAAAAUAAUGCUUUUUAUGGAGUUUCUUUUUGGGGUGAUGGAAAUGUUCUAAAAUUGACUGGUGAUGGAUCCCUGGCUAUAAAUAUACUAAAAAAAUCACUGAAUUGUAUACUUUAAAAGGUCAGUUUUAUGGCAUGCAAAUUAUUUCUCAAUUAAAAAUGCUUUUGUUAGACAAACAACCCAAUCAAGAAGUGGGCAAAGGAUAUGAACACACAUUUCACUAAAGAAGAUAUUCAGGCAGCUAACAGAUACAUGAGAAAAUGCUCUCGAUCAUUAGCUAUUAGAGAAAUGCAAAUUAAAACUACGAUGAGAUUCCAUCUCCAACAAGGCUGGCAUUAAUCCAAAAAACACAAAAUAAUAAAUGUUGGAGAGGCUGUGGAGAGAUCGGAACUCUUAUACACUGCUGGUGGGAAUGUAAAAUGGUACAACCACUUUGGAAAUCUAUCUGGCGCUAUCUUAAACAGUUAGAAAUAGAACUCCUAUACAACCCAGAAAUCCCACUCCUCGGAAUAUACCCUAGAGAAAUAAGAGCCUUCACACAAACAGAUGUAUGCACACCCAUGUUUAUUGCUGCUCUGUUUACAAUAGCAAAAAGCUGGAAACAACCAAGGUGUCCAUCAACGGAUGAAUGGUUAAAUAAAUUGUGGUAUAUUCACACAAUGGAAUACUACGCAUCGAUAAAGAACAGUGACGAAUCUGUGAAACAUUUCAUAACAUGGAGGGACCUGGAAGGCAUU